GACAACAUUCAACUUACUGAAGGACAGAAGAACUCGACAAUGAAAAUUACUGAACCUAAAACUCCAUACAUUCAUUACAAUCAAGAAACUGAUGAAAUUAUGACUGAUCUUCAAACUAUUCCAGGUCUCGUUUUGGAAUCUAGUAGAGUAUCUCCCCCAGCGGGAUCUCUUUCAUCCGUUUCACCAACAUCAGCACAUUUUCCUGAUUCAAUAAAGGACGAUUGGGAAUCCGAAAGCUCAGAAGAAGAUGAAGAAA